AGAAAUGGAGAAAGGACGAGUUGCCAUAUUCAUCACAUAAAGCCGCGCGGGAUUAGCCGAGCGGUCUGAGGCGCAGCAUUCAUGGACUGUGCGGCUGGUCCCGGCGGAGGUUCGAGUCCUCCCUCAGGCAUGGAUGACAUAAUCCGUACCAGCAGAUUGUGCCAUCCUAAACCGCAUGGCAGCAGAAAAUGUACACAAGAUGAGAGAGGCCGCAGUAGGAGCCGCAGCCGCAGUCAUAGUCACAGUCGCAACACAUAUAGAGGCCAGCAGUGGCGUCUAGAACGAGGUCGACAGCAGCAUUUAACUGAUGAUCUGCCCCCACGAUCAAGAAGCAGGAGCCAGGCCUCAUACAGAAGUAACAGUCCAGUUCCAUCGCUGCUUUCUGCACCAUUUGUUCCACCCCGGGGCAGAAGUCUACCGCGUCAAAAUUAUUCAUUUUGCAGUCAGAAACCAACUUUUGUGCAGCGUAUGGGGUGGCGAAAUGGAUUGGGAGUCAACAUACGAAAACACAGUCUGGGUUUUUCUGCUUCCAGUACAUCAGUCCUUCGGCCAACAACAUCUUUACAGCUGUUGCAGCUAGCAAAGAAGAGAGUGCAAAUUGCAAAAAAUAUACUAAAUGCUAGACACCAGUCAUACCUCAAACAGCUGCAACAGUACAGACGUGAAGUGUUAGAAGAUUCCUUUCAGAUGCCACCCUACAGAGUGGAGAAUAUGCAAGAGUUUCCAGCCUUAUUCUAAUUGUGCUGCUGUGAUAUUCUGUUCAGUUUUGAAAGUAAACUGUGAUGUGGGAAAAUCCAAAUUCCAUAGUGACUGGCUUGAAAGACUGUUUGAAAAGUGAAGUGCCGCAUGGGGGGGAAAGUUAGCGAAAGUGAGAUAUUUUGC